AUGGGUAUUUUGUCCUGGCUUCGAGACGAUCCCCAUGCUUUUUUCUGCGAAACUGACACUAGAGCUACUGGGUUGGAUGUGUGCCCGUCAGCUCCGCGGCUGAAUGACUUCUUUGGCAAACCGACUUCUGUGGUCUCUUUUUACAGCUCUGGUCACAAGCAUCGCACGGAGGGAUAUUGGGCGGUCCCAAACGAGAAGUGCCUGACACAUCGCUCCCUGUGGCGUGAGCUGUAUGGAGCAUCGGUUGGGCCAGAACACUACUGCGUGAACCAGAACGCCAGCAAGGACUUCCGAGGCUCCAAUGGCAGCGAAGCAGUUCAGAAGUGCUAUGAUUUUGAUGACUGCCGAUCGAGGCCAAAGGGGACGAGUGGUUCUGGCCAAAGUGGUCACGGAAGAGAGGUUCGAUCCACAGAUCCGGACUAUCCCAACACUGUGGUGUUUCUGACACCAGAGGCCUACAGUGUGCCUUUGAGCUACUUCAUCAGUUGGAUGUUCCGAACCUUUGAGGAUCACAUCGAGGAGAGGUUGACAGUUGACAUCGAUUUCGAUCUUCCCGACACUUUUCAAUCACGUGAGUGGCGCACGGAUGCGGAACUGGAGAAGUUUGCCUCCAGCUUGCCACCAGGCCUUGAGAAGCUAGGCCUCAGCUUCGUGUGCCCCGACCAAUUCACCGACAGAGGCUUAGCUCUCAUUGGAAGCGGUCUUCCUGCGACCUUGAAACACUUAGCCUUAGCGUUUGAGUUCUCGUGGACGGAGUGCCACAUCUCCAAAGAGGGCUUUGGCAAGUUGGUGGUGGGAUUUCCCAAGGGCUUGAGCUCCUUGGACCUCACCCUGCGCAACGAUGAGCUUGGGGACGAGGCCUUGGAGAUGCUGGCCAAAGCUAUGCCUCCAAGCUUGUCGAAAGCAGUCAUCAACUUCAAGGACAAUGACUCCUUUACUGAUGCAGGAUUCUGUGCCCUGAUAGGUGGCUUCCCGAGCAGUUUGAAAGAGCUCAGCCUGAACUUCGACACCAAUGGCAGAUUGUCGGAUGUGACUUUGAAGACGCUGGCCGCAUGGCUCUCCAAGACGGGCGGGCUACGGAAGUUGCAGUUCAUUAGCAACAGCACCCACCAAGUGAGCAAGCAAGGCCUCCAAGAGCUUUGCUCCUCCCUGCCAAGCCUCCGACAGCUGCGGUUGGAGUUCCAGUCCAGUGAUGCGCCUGAGCUUUGUGAUCAGUUCGUGGUGAAGGAUGAGUCUAUUGCUUUUGUCAAGGACAAGGCGCUCUUCUCCUUUCUACACCUGAAACCACACACCUGGAUCCACAUUCCUCUGCUAAUCAGCGACGCAGACUUCCCAAGUGGGUUGGUACCUCGAUGGCAAGAGCUUCUACAAACGAUCAACGCUGGUGCAGAGGCCUUCAAAUCGGGAGACUUUGGGACGGCCAAGGUACUUCUAGCAGAUGCUGCAGAGUCUGCAACCAAGGAUGAGCAGCAGGCCUUCACAUGUUCCUUGGGGAUCUCUGCUCUUUACAGAGCCCUGGCGUAUGCCUACUGCUCGCAUGUGCACGGGAACCAGAGGAUAACGAGGCGCCUCAACCAGAUUGGGCUUCGCUUUUUGCAUUUGGCCAUGAACUGGUUGACGCACGCCUUCGUGACGACCAAUCACAACCAGGCGCUCAUUGAUGGGAGCGCCUGGCCGAUCGGCAUCCAGGAGAUCAACAACGACCUCACGUCGGUGGUGGCAGCGCUCCAAAGCUCCGGAACCAUGGGUCAUUCCCCGACGGCCGCGGGCAAGAGCAUCCCGCACGACUUUAGGCUGCCCGACUUGCGUAUUGCCAUCGUCAGCCUGUGUGCUUACCCUCCUGACCAUCCGUUGCCACGGUUCUCAUCCUCGAACCAAGGUACCUACGCUGCCAGACACGGCUACACGUAUAUCCUGGAGAAGGAGCGUGUGGAUUCCAGAAGGCCGCCUGCCUGGGGAAAGAUCAAGUUGAUGGAGCGCGAGACGCGGUCCGGCCAGUGGGACUGGGUCGUUUGGGCGGACUGCGAUACGUAUUUCAUGAACAUGAGUACGACCUUGGACAGUGUCCUUUUCACCUAUGCUGGUGUGGCAGAUGGUGAGCAGUUGACGCUGGAUCCUGAGGUCCACAUGAUCGUCAGCGAGGACAAUGCCAUGCUCAACACCGGCAUCUUCUUUGCGCGCAGCAGCUCUUGGGCCUCCCAGCUCCUGCAGCGUAUUUGGGGUUCCGACACUUCGCCCUGGAUCGAUCAUCCGUGGUGGGAGAAUGCAGCCUUUACGUGGCAGUUCCUGAAGGACAAUGCCAAGAAGUUUGCCUUAGAGGAUCUGGAGGACUGGGCUGCCAAAGGAAAAGAUGAUAUGUGGGGUGUCUACCCUGAUGAGGUCCGAGUGGCUCCGCAGUCUCACUUCAACUCCUACCACCCCAUCACUUCCAGAUUUCAGCACGAUACUUGGGAGGAAGGGAAAUUUGUCAUCGCCUUCAACGGUGUUCUCAGUGCCAGCAGUCCUACUGUGGUGCGCUUUGGGGGAGUGACCAGGAGACAAGGACAGCGGAAUCAGCCAAGGCUUUGCAGGACGGUGCUUUAA